AUGUUCGCCCAAAGAACCAAAGCGUUCAUCAGGGUGGGUGGCGCAGCUGGUGCAGAAGGGCAUUCUAACACUCCACUCCACACCCCUUCCCCCUCCGCCCCUCUUCCAUCUAUCUGCCCUGGCAGGUGGCGCUUCUUCCCGUGCUCUCCCAAGGAGCCGAAGCGUCCGUCAGGGUGGGUGGCGCAGCUGGUGGCGCUUCUACCCGUGCUCUCCCAAGGAGCCGAAGCGUCCGUCACGUCAGGGUGGGUGGCGCAACUGGAGCCGAAGCGUCCGUCAGGGUGGGUGGCGCAGCUGGUGCGGAAGGGCAUUCAGGAGAUCAAUAUCGUGGGGGACUCUCACCAGCGCGUGCUGUCGUUCCACCUGAGAUAUCUCCUGCUUCGCAGACGAGCGCAUGGCUUCGCGGACGAGCGCAUGGUGCGGUCGCACGAAGACAUGAACUUCACUGUCACGGAUGAGCGCUCGGGCAAGUACACGCACAACUACCACACCUUCCCCAACAUCUCCACCACAGCCAACGUGACAGUCAUAGAGGGCGGCUACUGGGCCGGCAAGUGGUGUGCCGAGCCGCUGCAAGCCCUCCGCGCCCGCCUCCCCGAGUUCUUCAUCUGGGCGCUCCUCGCCGCCCGGGCCAACCACGCCCGCGUUGUCUUCCGAACGCCGCCGCCCGUCCCGAACGCCGGCUCGCAUUGCUCGGAGUAUGCGGUCAAACGGGGUUUUGCGGGCCCCGCGACAAACCUGUACCUGGCUGCGGCCAAUCGGCACGCGCGCCAGCUGGCGGCGUCAGUGACGAGAGGCGCUGAGAUGGCGGUGUUUGACUCGUGGGCCGUGGAGGCGCCGCGGAUUGUUAGGCGGAGUGAGAAGAAAGAGCCGACAAGAGAGGACAGCUCUGCCCUUAUUCCAGGAAACGGCACCUCAAGCCCACAGUUGGGGAGAGUCAAAGCUGGUAGCAACUGGAACUGUUUUGCACACCCCAUUCCUCCUCCUCAUCACACCCCAUUCCUCCUCCUCAUCACACCCCAUUACUCCUCCUCAUCACACCCCAUUCCUCCUCCUCAUCACACCCCAUUCCUCCUCCUCAUCACACCCCAUUCCUCCUCCUCAUCACACCCCAUUCCUCCUCCUCAUCACACCCCAUUCCUCCUCCUCAUCACUCCCCAUUCCUCCUCCUCAUCACUCCCCAUUCCUCCUCCUCAUCACACCCCAUUCCUCCUCCUCAUCACACCCCAUUCCUCCUCCUCAUCACUCCCCAUUCCUCCUCCUCAUCACUCCCCAUUCCUCCUCCUCAUCACACCCCAUUCCUCCUCCUCAUCACUCCCCAUUCCUCCUCCUCAUCACACCCCAUUCCUCCUCCUCAUCACACCCCAUUCCUCCUCCUCAUCACACCCCAUUCCUCCUCCUCAUCACUCCCCAUCCCUCCUCCUCAUCACACCCCAUCCCUCCUCCUCAUCACACCCCAUUCCUCCUCCUCAUCACACCCCAUUCCUCCUCCUCAUCACUCCCCAUCCCUCCUCCUCAUCACACCCCAUUCCUCCUCCUCAUCACACCCCAUUCCUCCUCCUCAUCACACCCCAUUCCUCCUCCUCAUCACUCCCCAUCCCUCCUCCUCAUCACACCCCAUCCCUCCUCCUCAUCACACCCCAUUCCUCCUCCUCAUCACACCCCAUUCCUCCUCCUCAUCACUCCCCAUCCCUCCUCCUCAUCACUCCCCAUUCCUCCUCCUCAUCACUCCCCAUUCCUCCUCCUCAUCACACCCCAUUCCUCGUCCUCAUAACACCCCAUUCCUCCUCCUCAUCACACCCCAUUCCUCCUCCUCAUCACUCCCCAUCCCUCCUCCUCAUCACACCCCAUUCCUCCUCCUCAUCACUCCCCAUUCCUCCUCCUCAUCACACCCCAUUCUUCCUCCUCAUCACACCCCAUUCCUCCUCCUCAUCACUCCCCAUCCCUCCUCCUCAUCACACCCCAUUCCUCCUCCUCAUCACACCCCAUUCCUCCUCCUCAUCACUCCCCAUCCCUCCUCCUCAUCACACCCCAUUCCUCCUCCUCAUCACUCCCCAUUCCUCCUCCUCAUCACACCCCAUUCCUCCUCCUCAUCACACCCCAUUCCUCCUCCUUAUCACACCCCAUUCCUCCUCCUCAUCACUCCCCAUCCCUCCUCCUCAUCACACCCCAUUCCUCCUCCUCAUCACUCCCCAUUCCUCCUCCUCAUCACACCCCAUUCCUCCUCCUCAUCACACCCCAUUCCUCCUCCUCAUCACACCCCAUUCCUCCUCCUCAUCACACCCCAUUCCUCCUCCUCAUCACUCCCCAUCCCUCCUCCUCAUCACACCCCAUUCCUCCUCCUCAUCACUCCCCAUUCCUCCUCCUCAUCACACCCCAUUCCUCCUCCUCAUCACACCCCAUUCCUCCUCCUCAUCACACCCCAUUCCUCCUCCUCAUCACACCCCAUUCCUCCUCCUCAUCACACCCCAGUCCUCCUCCUCAUCACUCCCCAUCCCUCCUCCUCAUCACUCCCCAUUCCUCCUCCUCAUCACUCCCCAUUCCUCCUCCUCAUCACACCCCAUUCCUCCUCCUCAUCACACCCCAUUCCUCCUCCUCAUCACACCCCAUUCCUCCUCCUCAUCACACCCCAUUCCUCCUCCUCAUCACUCCCCAUCCCUCCUCCUCAUCACACCCCAUUCCUCCUCCUCAUCACUCCCCAUUCCUCCUCCUCAUCACACCCCAUUCCUCCUCCUCAUCACACCCCAUUCCUCCUCCUCAUCACUCCCCAUUCCUCCUCCUCAUCACACCCCAUCCCUCCUCCUCAUCACUCCCCAUCCCUUUCAUCCGCCUCCUCUCUUCAUCCCUUCAUCCCUGAUCUUUGAGACGUCUCAAAAAUACACGUGGCUGCUGCCACCAGCCCUUCAUCCCUUUUUACACGUGCCUCCUCUCCUCAUCCCUUCAUCCCUUUUUACACGUGCCUCCUCUCCUCAUCCCUUCAUCCCUUUUUACACGUGCCUCCUCUCCUCAGCCCUUCAUCCCUUUUUACACGUGCCUCCUCUCCUCAUCCCUUCAUCCCUUUUUACACGUGCCUCCUCUCCUCAUCCCUUCAUUCCUGAUCUUCAUUCCCCUCCACUCCCCCAUAUCCUCCUCCAUCCCCCCCCCCUCCCCUCCAUUUCUUUCUCAGCCCCCAUAUCCUCCAUCAUCCCCCUCUAA